GCCGCAAGCACCACCGGCGAUGUUAUUGCUACACGCGGCAUUACUCGCUUCACCGCCAAAGCGGCUGCAUCACCGGCUGCCAUCACACCACGCGGCCUUAUCCAGGACGGGGAGCAGCACCAGGCUGAGGGCACUCAACAGACUGCAAGUAAUAUUGCAACAUUUGAAAAUGUCUAAGCAAACAGAUUCAACAGCAGAAGUGUUGUUGGAAAAGAAAGGAGGUGCAGGAAUAAUAACUUUGAACAGACCCAAGGCUCUCAAUGCACUAAAUCUGCCUAUGAUCCAACAAAUUUAUCCUCAAAUAAAGACGUGGGAGCAAGAUCCUGAAACUUUUCUAAUAAUUAUAAAGGGAGCUGGAGGAAAAGCUUUUUGUGCUGGGGGUGACAUCCGAGCCAUCACAGAAGCGGGAAAAGUUGGAGAUAAACUGAUACAAGAUUUCUUCAGAGGAGAAUAUAGGCUGAACAACGCUGUUGGCACCUGCAAGAAGCCAUAUGUGGCACUUAUCGAUGGCAUUACAAUGGGAGGGGGAGUUGGAGUCUCAGUCCAUGGACAUUUUCGAGUUGCUACAGAAAAGACUGUUUUUGCCAUGCCAGAAACAGCAAUAGGCCUUUUCCCUGAUGUAGGUGGAGGGUAUUUCUUGCCAAGGCUCUCGGGAAAGAUUGGCUAUUACCUCGCGCUGACAGGAUGCAGGCUGAAAGGAAGAGAUGUGCUAAGAGUUGGCAUCGCCACACAUUUUGUAGAAUCUGCAAAGCUACCUGCCUUGGAGAAAGACCUGAUAGCACUGAAAUCUCCUUCAAAAGAAAAAGUUGCAGAUUUAUUGAACUCUUACCACAUGAAGUGCACAAUUGAUCAAGAAAAGGAGUUUGCACUUGAUGAACAUCUGGAGAAGAUUAACAGUCUUUUUUCAGCAAAUAGUAUGGAAGAAAUUGUUAAAAAGUUAAAGCAAGAUGGUUCUCCUUUUGCCAUGAAGCAGCUAGAGACUAUUAAUAAGAUGUCACCUACAUCUCUAAAGCUGACUCUCAGGCAGCUCAGAGAAGGAGCUUCCAUGAGCUUACAAGAGGUCCUGCAGAUGGAAUACAGACUGAGCCAAGCCUGCAUGAAAGGCCAUGACUUCUACGAAGGAGUUCGAGCAGUGCUGAUUGACAAAGACCAGUCCCCCAAAUGGAAGCCAGCUGCUCUAGAAGAAGUCAGUGAUGAAUUUGUGGACAGCUGUUUUAAACCACUGGGAAACGAUGAUCUCAAGCUGUAAAGAUCAAACCUAUUGACAUCUAUGUGCUUAGUUAUGUGAUACAAAAAUUAAUAGCAGUGUUAUCAAUUGGGACAAGACUUUUUUUAGCUAGCCUGAGAUUCACAAGGCUUUUUUUCAAUUUUUUUUUUUUUUUAUUCAGGGACUUUCUCUGUAAUAAGAAAAUAAUUGUAUCACUGGU